AUGCUCCAACAAUUUCUGCGCAUCAAAAUACCUGUUACCUUUGCCGAUUUCGAACAGUUUUCAAAGGACAUGAUAUGUUUGAUGAAUUGGCAGACGGAUGUUUUGUCAACAGCUAGAGCAGUAAAUAAAGCAACCACGAGUGUCAUGGAAAAUAAUAACAUUUAUAUAACUUCGGUGGAUGAUACUCCGCAAAAGAAAAAAAGUAAUAAAAAUCAACCUUUGCCUAAAUCCCCAUCUCCCGAUUCCUCACCUCCCAGUUCCCCAUCUCCUGGUUCCAAAUCGUCGGGUCGCGAUUUGAUGCAGCCCGAUCUCGAAAAAAAAGUUGAAAACCUAAGUUUGACGGACUCAUCUGACCUCAAGGAUGAGAAACAAAGGAACAUAGCCUCAGAAACUAAGUUCGAAGCGGAUAUUGAUCUGGAAUUCACUUCAAAACUGGUAACAAAUAAUAAACUUGUCGAAGGCGUCGAAAAAUAUGCAGAACGAUUAGGAAUCAAAGAAUAUACAGAAAAUAAAGACAUGUGGAAGAAAUUUUACGACGUCUUUGGCCCAGAUUUCGUUUGGCCUCCCACAAUGAAACUUGGUGAGCGUCGUGAAGUCCUUGACUAUAUUAUUGAUCCCGAAUGGGAACCAACCGGGGAGGAACUUGCAAGAAAUACAAUUGAAUAUCGUCGCCUACUUGAGUCCGGAACUCUUGAUGCAUCGCAAGGAUCGCACAUUUUAAUCAUAAAUGGGAAAUUAGAUAGUUAUGGAAAUAAGAUAUCUCCGGAAGACGACGAAAAACUGGAAAAAAAAUAUCCAGGGUGUUUAUAUGCACCUGUUGUUGAACGUACUGCUUUAAUACGCAAAUUCUUAGCUAUGGAUGAUCAAACAAGAAAAGAGUGGCAGUCCCAUAUUUGCAUUCAAAAUGUAUUAAAUUCCAGAGAUGAGGUGAUAAUGGCAAAUACUGAACAAAAUUUCCGAAUGGUAAUUGAUAUCGGCUCCACAAUGACAAUAAUUCCAAAUUUUGUAAGACAACAAUUGUAUAAUCCCAAAGAUGGUUGGGAGAGACUUUCUUUUUCCCCUGAUGGAUAUGGUGAUACAGCGAAACUUACUCAAGCUUCAAGGGAGUGGCUUGGUGUUUGGGUGACGGGACCAAUUGGACCAACUGGGUUAGAACAAGAGAAUUGUAUUCAUGGCAAAAAAAGCCCCCUAAUGUCGAUUGUGGUCUAA